CACCCAUACCUAGUCAUGACUUUUAGCAAUCUCCCUCCAAUCAUUUAAGCCAGCUAGUCCCUCCUCUUAAAACUCACCACGAGCAUGCACUCUUUCUGUCCUAUGUAAACAUAACAAAAUAACCUUCUCACAUUCGCAGAGCCUCAUUAUACAAGAAUGGAUGCAGCUUCUCUCAUCGCCAAGGCGCGCAAGGUCCGCGACGACUCGCUAGCCGAAGUCACGCCUCCCCUUGCCACUCUCCCAGAUCCACUUCCCAGGAAUGUCAUGCCAAUAUUCAAAGAUAUUCUCACAGAAGAAGAAUUCAAGAUAACUUCUUACGAUGUCCCCGAAUUACUGAAAGUUAUUAAAGAUAAACUGUACUCAUGCGAGACUAUCACAAGAGCUUUCUUGAGACGAGCAGCUCUUUCUCAGAAGUUGACAAACUGCGUGACAGAGCUCUUGCCCACACGAGCAAUCGCUCGAGCAAAGUACCUCGACAGUCUCGACGAACCUCUCGGACCACUGCACGGCCUCCCCAUUUCCGUAAAAGAGCAUCAUGGGAUGGCAGACUGUGAAACGAAUGGUGGUUAUGUUGCUUGGAUCGGAGAGCCUCGUACUGGGCACUGUACCGUGAAUGAUGUGUUUUACGAAGCUGGUUGUGUUUUCUAUGCUAGGACCACACAGCCGCAGUCUGUUAUGCAUCUGGAGACUAGUACGAAUAUUUAUGGGGCUACGACAAAUCCGUGGAAUACGGAUUUGACCUCUGGUGGAAGUUCUGGGGGCGAGAGUGCUUUAGUUGCUUGUCGAGGAAGUAUUUUGGGGAUUGGUGGUGACAUUGGUGGAUCAAUUCGCUGUCCAGCCGCCAACACUGGUGUUUACGGAUUCAAGCCCAGCCCAGGAAGAAUGGGAAAACAAGGCUCACAUGCCGUUGUUGCAGGACAAGAAGGAAUCUCGCCUACUGAAGGACCCCUCUCAACCUCUCGUGCCGGUCUCGAAAUAUUCAUGUCCACAUACCUCAGCUACGAACCUUGGGUAAAAGACAAUUACCUCGUCCCUCUUCCUUGGCGGUCUGUGACCCUGCCACCCAAACUUAAAAUCGCCAUUCUCUGGGACGACGGAAUUGUGCGUCCUCAUCCACCCAUCACGCGCGCUCUCAAAGAAGUUAAAGCCAAGCUCGAAGCAGCUGGUAUGGAGAUCGUGAACUGGGUUCCUGAAGGCCAUGACGAGUGUUGGAAUUUGACGCAGGCUCUGUAUUAUGAAGAUGGUGGCAAGGCGCUGGAAAAUCUGAUCGAGAGUGGUGGAGAGAAGAUGUUGCCGCUGACAGAGUGGAUGCUUAAAGGAAAUGAUAAUGUGAAGUACAGGACGGUAGAAGAUGUCAUGGCUCUGAAAGUCAAACGCAACGAAUAUCGUGCCCGGUACAACGAUCUUUGGCUUUCAACUGGAAAGUCAGACUCUCACCCAGUUGACGCCAUCCUCAGUCCAGCCGGACCAGGCGCUGCUCCACCACUCGGGAACGCUAAAUACUGGUCGUACACUUCGCAGUGGAAUAUGCUCGAAUAUCCCGGUGCAGUCUUCCCAGUGUCGAAAGUCGACCAAAUUGUUGAUGUAGAGGAAACGAACUACGUGCCGAGAAAUCCUCAAGAUAAAUUUAAUUGGGAAUUGUAUAAAAGAGAGAAAUAUGUCGAUGCGCCUGUUAGUUUGCAGGUCAUAACCAGGCGGUGGGAGGAUGAGAAGUGCCUAGCUGUUUUGGCAGAAAUAGAGAAGGCCAUGGGUACACCGUGUUCAGAUUAAUAGAAAUAUAGAGACAGAGAUCGAUAAAAGAAUAUAUCAAGAGAUGAAAUUAGAC